GAUAUCACAUAAAGGAAUUCAGGUUAGUUUGCUAGUCAGCAGUUUACACUGAAGUGUGUCUCCAUCAGGUCGGGUUUACUGGAUCUUAUUGUGUUCGUUGCUCACAUCUCACACUUGUUGAAUAUGGGAUUUAUUCUGACCAAGAUGCUGUCUGUCUUCGGUGACACAGAGCACAAAGUAAUCAUUGUGGGUUUGGACAAUGCUGGGAAGACAACCAUCCUUUAUCAGUUUCUGACAAAAGAAGCUGUGCACACAUCACCAACCAUCGGCAGCAAUGUUGAGGAGAUCACCGUACGUAAAACACACUUCUUGGUCUGGGAUAUCGGAGGACAGGACAACCUUCGAGCCAGCUGGUACUCGUACUACGGCAACACAGAGAUUGUCAUUCUGGUUGUGGACAGCACCGACCGUGAACGUCUCACACUCACCAAAGAGGAACUGCACCAAAUGCUUGCACAUGAGGAACUACAAAAUGCAGCUCUUCUUAUUUUGGCCAACAAACAGGACGUGAAGGGCUCGAUGACGGCAGCAGAGAUCUCGCAGUGCCUCACACUCGACUCCAUCUCAUCACACCCCUGGCAUGUUCAAGCCUGCUGCGCCCUCACAGGGGAAGGUCUACCUGCCAGUCUGGACUGGAUGAAGUCUCGGGUUGUUGCAAACUAGAAGAACGCACUCCAAUGGAUGAAACGUCCUCAAUCUGAGCCAACAUAGAAAGGCCCUGCAGAGGCCUCAGUAUCUGUAUAUUGACUGUUUUUGGGGCAAAGUCCUCUGAACACGGCAUCUGUGAUAGAGCCUGCUGCGCCGCGCCACACCUUUACAACCAAGGCUUGAGGGUGGAGGAGCAAAGGAGAACCCUGGGUGAUCCUAGAGUCGGUUAAUGUUCACCAUUAUCUAUAAAUGUGUACUGUUUUUGUACUGUUAAAGAAGUGCUUGGAUAUAUUUUAAUAUCCAUCUUGAGGCAAUAAAAGGCAGAUUUAUUUAUGGAACACAUUUAAGACACAAAGCAAUUCAAAGUGCUUUACAUAAAACUUCAAAGCAUUAAGACAAAGUGCAUAAGAAACAUACCACAAAAUACAUUUCAAUACAAUUAAAAGCCGUCAUUAAAGGGCCAAGAGGAUACAAAAUAAAACAAACUAAAAACAGGAACAGAAUACAACUGUAAAUGUAACAGUGCAGUGUGAAGUUAUCACAUUGAACAAAAGGCAGCGAAACACAGCACAGUCUCCAGGCUUGAUCUAAAGACCUCAGGGUUAAAGCGGUCCCAGAUAUUUGGUCCAUAAAUCUUCAUUGCUGAACUCCAAGUUGUUCUCAGUUGUGGUGACGUAGAUGAGAACUACUAGGGAGUGUUAAUGUCCUAAAGGGACCCACAUAGAGAGGCUCCCUGACCAGAUAUAUCACAUUCCUCGUUUCUGUCACAAUGGGCUUCUUUCAUUUCACUGGGGUUAUUUUUAAAAGUAUAAUCAUUAAAGUAUCAAUAAUGUAUUCAUUACUGGAACUAAACAAGUUUUACCAAAUAUGUGACAACCUACACAGAGGUUGUAGUCCGGUUUAUCCCAUAUUUUAAUGUCAUCAAGCUAAUCCAGUGCCCUUUUAUUCCUCUCGUGCCAACACAUUAAGCCUUAAGUGAGACAACCAUGAUCUCAUCUUGACCUUUGAUUCUCGUCACCAAUUACUUUCUCUGUUAGUUAACAUGAACUACUCCUUUUUCAACCUAAAUAGUACCUACACUAGUUACAAAACAGCUGCCUAGUAUUAAGCCUCUUCCAAUGGAAGACUUUUACACAAUAACUGUGGUGAAACUUUACAGCACAUACCGUACCUCCUGUGGCCAAAGAAAGCCUGCAAUAUUAGGAUACAAGUCUGCCCCUAAUGUAUACAUUGUUAUCAAACGCCAUUGAACAACAGAAGUAUUUUGUCAAGACAUAAACAUGUUUAGUAAAUUAUUUCAAGAAAACAAAGCUCUUGAACUGUAUAUUACAGCAAAUUCCUGAAUAGGAAAAUGAGCUGGCUGCUAAGUACUAUGAGUCGUAUUUUUCAAGUAUGUAUACUGUAUUGUGUAAUUGCCUUUUUUGAAUAAACAGUAUUACAAAUA